UCCUUGAGCAUUGGGAAGAUGGAGAAGACGUUGAACAGAAUUCAUCCAGUUUCUGAUCCAGAAGCAACCUAUUUUCUGCAGGUGUCAUGGGAAAAGGAUUUGGGCACUGGCUUCAGUUUACUUCUUAGUGAUUGUCAGUGUGCCUGGACUGGGAAAGUGUCUGAAGCAGACAUUUCUAGGGAGGCUGAUGACAUAGAAAUGGACAGAGAAAAAUACGUGGAAGAGCUGAGGAAAGCACUGAUAGCUGGAGAAGAGUCAGCUGGCAAAUACAACUUUGUGAUUUCAAGAGAUGAACAGAAUAAGGCCUGCCACUUUUCCUAUGAGAGGAGCCUGAAAGACGGCUCUUUCAGACUUGGAUCUCUGAAGCUGCAGGAAGUCCCAAGCCCAGCAGAGGUGGUCAAGGAACUCAUUGGUUACUGCCUGGACAGCCUGGCACAGCUGCAGGCCAAAACUGAGCAUCUGCAGAGAGAAAAUGAAAGGCUUUUCAACAGCUGGAGUGACGUGGAGAAGAGGCUGGAAAAAUGCGUGGAAGCUAAAGAGGAGCUGGAGGCUGACCUUUACAGCAGGUUUGUUUUGGUGCUGAAUGAAAAGAAGGCCAAGAUAAGAAACCUGCAGAAGCUGUUGAGUGAAGCUAGAGAAUCUGCAGUGGAUGCCAAAUGCUCCAGGGAUAGCAUAGCUACUACUCAGAUGGUUAUAAAGAGAGAAAACAACUAUGAUGCCAGCACUGAUGAGGAAAGUGAAAAUCCAACAGGGGCCUCGUUGCCAUCAGCUCCGGAACGAAGGGAUUCCUCCCUCCUGGCCAGCCCAGACAUCGUGGACCCAGCUCCAAGGAGAAAACGAAGGCAAAGGGCAGCAAAACCUGCAGGGACAGGAGCUAAGGUGGCUGCUUACGAGGCAGAGCUGCCAGCCCAGGAGAAACCUGGCCUGGCCUCGCAGGGGCAGCGCUGCCCGGACUGGGAUCUGGAAACCCUGGAAAACUCCUGUGAGCCAGAGGAUCUCUUUGAGGACAUGUAGCCACAUCUGGGCUGGGCAGAGGGGACAUGGUGCUUCCAGCAGGCAUGAGGAAUAAACUAAAAGGUGUUUUUUUACAGAAAAAAAAGCCAAAAUCUUUGCUCUGAGGCUCUAAAUCCUCCCACGCUGCGUUCUCCCAUUCUCACAGACCCUGGUCCUGCUACACCUCAUUUGUGGGGUCUAAAAGUUGGGUUUAGCCUCUGUGUAAACCUUAUAUCACCUGUGUGUGGGAAGGGAGAGCACUCUGGGUGUGUUUUUGCAUCCUCACAGCCUCUGGUUGUGUUCAGGAUCAGCCAUUUCCCAGACCCCAGGCAUGGAGUGAUUCCACUGCACUCAACAUUUCCAGCUCAGUCUGGGUAAACCAGCUUUAUUUGAGGUGCAGGUGUGACUUUGGGAGGGUCUGUUCUCAGUCAAAAUAUACAAAGAAAUGUCCUUUUACUGUGUGGCACUAUGCAUUAUAAGGUGUCCUUGCUUUUGGGAGUAGAGUGCUACUCAUGUUGGUAUUGAUUCUGUUUUAACUUUCUGUAGAA